UCGGAACUUCUGUCGGAUCUUAAUUCGCUUACUUUAGAUAUCGUGUUACUCACGCCUCACUCCCCCUCCGGAGACCACCCACAAUUGGCAUUUGGUGAGUAAGCUCGCGGUGGACACCAAACACACAUACCGCGUUGUACUGCAGCGUGCCGAAGGCGAAAAGAAUAGUGCAGGUUGUGCGAUAACGAAAAGCAGCGGAAGUGAACUCGCGGGAUCUGCGGGUGCGGGGUUUUAAAAGUGCUAGAAAAGUUUAGCAAACAGCGGUGUGACAGCGGGAUACCUGUCAUCAGCACACAGCGCAAAAGGUUUGAAAUUACGAAAGCACCUCGGGAAAAUAAAACGAGAAUGUUGGGCAAGACGAUCCUCUCCGUAGCUGUCAUAUUUGUGGCAAUUUGGACCACUGCAAAGGCACAGGCACCGAGUGCUGCCGAUGGUGGAGCGGGACAAACGUUGGAGGAACAGGCAGCACAACAUAAGGCGACGGUAUUGUUGGUGCUUGCAAACCGAUCCACCAGUCUGCCGGCGGAAAGUGCACCGGCAGUCGCAGUCGUACUGGAGGAGGCUAACCAGCAGCUAGACGCGUGUGCUGCCAGUUUGGAGACGCACCAGCAGAUCUGGCAGUACAAAAUGUGUGGAUCAGCUGUACUGCAGCAGGGACUGGCAGCACUGUCUGCGCUGCAGGCUACCAAUGGAGCGGCCCCGAGUGGGACCUUUUAACGUCCUUUCAGGUUAUUGCAGUGCUACGAGCUAAGGUGUUGGGGUUAUGGGAUGAAAAUAAAGGUGUUUUGAAGACUC